AAACAUUUUCCAUUCAUGGCAUCGAUUCAAAUCUUCAAUAACUUCCAUUGUGCUGGAUCCAUAAUUAAGUCUGACUUAAUAGUUACGGCUUCAUCGUGUUUGCAACUGGCUUGGAAUAACCGAUUUUUUCGUGAAAAUCCUGCAUUUCUGUCAGCUCGUGUUGGCAGUAGCUUCUACAGUGGCGGUGGAGAAGUAAUACCAGUGCUUGAAAUAUAUUUUCAUCCUGGCUAUAAUCCAAAGAACUUGAGAAAUAAUAUUUGUGUGCUGCGACUGAUGAGGCAUUUAAACUUUAGAAAGAGAGAUAAGAGGAUUAAGAAAAUUGAUUUCGAUAGAUUUUCGUCAGAUUUACCAGUGACGACACCGGACAUUACGAUAUUAGGAUGGGGAGCGAAAGGGUACAGUUCCGUCAUUGACAACCCUUGGAAAAAUAUACUAUCGUUUUCUGUUAUUGAUGUCUAUCCAUUGGAAGAUUGCCAAGAUGUUUAUUCAAGAGAGUAUGUUACAAGGAAGAAUUUUUGCGCAGGAUAUUUAUCAAAAGGCGGAGGGGCUUGUAAUCGUGAUGUCGGUGGUCCAGGAAUAGCUGAUGGUAAACUGAUGGGCGUAAUAAGUUUCGGCUCUCCAGUUUGUGGAGCGCCUGACGCUCCAACAGUGUUCACUAAGUUGGGCUACUACAGCGAUUGGAUUGAGGAAAUUAUGGAGAUGGAUAUUCCAGUUUCAAAAAAGAAAACAACUUCUAAACCCUACAGUUUACCAUGGACAACUCAAUAUACAACUCGAACAAAACCAACCACUUUCAAUAUACCGCCCUUUACUGAAAAAAAUAUGAGUCCAAAACCAAUAUCAUUCAUAGACAAUCAACUUAGAAUAUUAGAUGAACAAGUAUUUAAAGAUUUCUUAGCUACCAUGUUUCAUAGUGAAGAAAUAAAUAAAAAUGAAAAUCUUAAACAUGUUAAAGAAGAAAAGGCAGAGUUCAGAUCUACCGCUAAUCAAGGGACACCAUAUUAUGAAGAGGUUACAGAAAAAAUCAAGCCUGUUACAGAUUUUGAGGACGUUUCAUUAGAAGAUAGGUAUACAAAUACAGCAGUCACUAUAGUUAAUAAAGAAAUUAAAAACCAACCAGUCUAUGAUGUUGAUGACGAAAUAGAGAAGUUGAUUAAGAAUGUAAAUUUGGAACAAAUCAUAAAGGAAGAAGUAAAAGUUACACCUAGGUUUGCUAAGGAUUUAGCCAAACUUGAUACUCCGCACAAAUCUAAAAAUGAUAGUGUGGAAACAUUGUUGUAUUUAUCUGAUGAUGACAAAGAUUAUAAUGCAAACAAUAUCCCAUUAGAUGACGUCAUAAAUGACGAAAGAGAAGAAAUAUAUGACGGUAUGAGCAUACCUGUUAGUGGUUUUCAAGAUUUCACAAGAACAAAGGACAAAGAAUCAGAAUCUCCAGAAAGUGAUUUGUUAGGAUUAUUGACCGAAACUAUUGGACGAGUAAUUGGAUCAACAAAACGAAUCUAA